AUGAAAUCUGUUGAUCCGGAGCGUGCUAAGCUGCCAUUUGGUGGUAUUACUGUGUUAUUGGGUGGAGAUUUUCGGCAGAUUCUACCUGUUAUUACUGAAGGCGAGAGGGCUGAAAUUGUCUCUGCAUGUAUAACCAGAUCACGUUUGUGGUCUAUAUGUAAAAUCUUUCUUCUCACAAGAAAUAUGCGCAUUAAGGAAGGAAGGUCUGCAGAGGAGGUUCAGGAACUCAUCAAAUUUGCCAAAUGGGUGUUGGAUGCUGGGGACGGAAAUCUUCUCCCCCCCCCCCCCCCCACAGAUGGAAAUGUUUAUGCCGAGGAUGAAAUUUUGAUCCCAACUGAAUUCUGUGAUUUCAGCUCUGCUAAUUCCAUUGAUAAAAUGGUUGAAAGCACCUUUCCAAAUUUCAUCGCCAAUUGUCGUGAUCCUUCUUACUUGAGUGAAAGAGCAAUCUUGACUCCUACGAAUCAGACUGUAUCUCAUCUCAAUAUUGUGAUUGUCGACAAGCUCCCGGGGGAAUCAGUUUCCUACUAUAGUGUGGAUAGUGCUGAAGAAUUUGGCGGCUCUGACGAUGAUCUCAAAUCUGCUUUCCCAUUAGAAUACCUCAACUCUCUCUUUGUUCCAGGUAUGCCACCUCAUGAACUUAAGCUUAAAGUUGGAGUAGUUGUCAUGUUAAUGAGGAACUUAAAUCAAACUCUUGGCUUAUGUAACGGAACACGAAUGAUUGUAACAAAAACUCUGAAAUUUUGUGUGGAGUGCGAAGUGAUUUCUGGUGCUUUUAUUGGUACUCGGCAUUUUAUUCCUCGGAUGGAGUUAUGUCCAAGUGAUAGUAGAUUGCCUUACAAACUGGUUCGGAAGCAGAUGCCGCUGCAAAUAUGUUACGCAAUGACUAUAAACAAGGCCCAAGGUCAAUCUUUGCAGAAUGUGGGCCUUUACCUUCCAAAAUCUGUUUUCACUCAUGGUCAGUUCUACGUGGCCAUUAGCAGAGUUACCUCACCUCAAGGCUUAAGAAUAUUUGUUGACAGUGAAGGCGGUGAGCCAACCAACAUUACUAAGAAUGUAGUGUAUAAGGAGAUUUUCUAUGCAUUACCCUACAAAUAG